AAAUGCGAAUGUCAAAAAAUUAUUGAGAAUAAGAAAUAAGAAUGCCAAAUUCUUAGUUUUAAAUUACAUUUUCUUCUCUUUUCCGUAAAAUUCAAAAUGUUUCUUAAUAAACUAUGUCAGAAAAACCUAUUGAAACAAAUAAAAAUCCCGGCGUUGUCGCAAUUAGCGGUUUCCAGAACAUAUUCUUCCACCGACCCUAGUUUCUCCGAAACAGUAGAUUUGGCUUAUGCUUCUUAUGAGAGUACAUCAGAUGAAAACUGUACUAGACCUCCUUUGAUCAUUCUUCAUGGGCUCUUAGGAUCGAAAAAUAAUUGGAAUAGUAUGAGUAAAGCUAUUCACCGAACAACGGGAAGAAAAGUGAUCAGUAUCGAUGCUAGAAACCAUGGUGAUAGUCGCCAUUCGUCACAACAUACCUAUAUACAUAUGGCUCACGAUGUUAUGAAGCUCCUGAAGAAAUUAGACCUAUCUAAAGUGUCUGUAUUAGGUCACAGCAUGGGUGGACGAACAGCUAUGGUUCUGUCACUACUAUGUGCGGACCUUGUAUCCAGUCUUAUAGUGGUUGACAUUUCUCCAGUAAAAACAAGCCCACAAAUAUAUUCUAUGGUCAGUUUAUUUGAUGCCAUGUCAGGUGUUACCAUCAGAUCUGGCAUAGCUAUGUCUAAGGCUAGAAAAUUAGCAGAUGAACAACUAAAGUCAAUAAUACCAGAUAUUAACUUGAGAAACUUUUUGAUAACCAACUUAGUACAGACUAAUACUGGGUCUUAUUCCUGGAGAGUAAAUCUGCCAGCACUGAAGGAGAAUUUUCAAUCGCAUAUCUCUUGUUUCCCAAGUAAUCUAAAGGGUUUACAAUAUUGCGGACCAAGUUUGUUUAUCGGUGGAUCACUUUCGGAUUAUAUAGGAAAGUAUGACUUGCCAGACAUCCAAGAAUAUUUUCCCUUGGCAGAACUAACAUUAGUAGAAGGAGCUGGACAUUGGGUUCAUAGUCAAAAGCCCGAGAAGUUUCUAGAAGUUGUUUGCAAAUUUCUAGCUGAGAAGUAAUAGCACGAAAUCUCACUAGUACAAUUGUUGUGAU